UAAGGAUCCUAUUGUUUCGUUUAGUGCUUCUAAAGAUAUUUAUAUUUCGAAUCUAAUUUCGUUGCUUUUGUUUCAGCAAAAAGAUCGACAUUGUGAGUACGACAACACAUCUCAAAUUUCAAUUUUCAGUUAGAGAGUGAACUUUUAGAACAUUAUCAAUUUUCUAAAAAAGUCCCCGGGAAAUUCAACACGUGACGUCAUUACGCCAUCUUGAACAGGAAGUCCAAAUGUUGAGAUUGUAAAACUUUACAAUAAGUUAGUUUUACGAUAUAUUUCUUCGCAAGAUGGGAAAUAUUGCAACUCGACGACAUAGAGGGGUCCAAGAGGUCGAUAUACAAGGGAAUAAUGCUUAUAAAUACCCACCACAAUCAGGCAAUUAUUUUGGCAGUCAUUUUAUUAUGGGAGGAGAGAGGUUUGACACUCCUCAGCCUGAGGCUUACCUGUUCGGCGACAGCUCAGAUCUAAACUUCUUGGGAAACAGACCAAUACCUUUCCCAUACCCAGCCCCUCAGCCUAAUGAGCCAACUAAAACAUUAAAAAGUCUAGUCAACAUACGCAAGGAUUCUGUCAAACUUGUCAGGGUUGAGGAGGAUGACAAUGCUAGUGCGCCUGCACCUGUCGUCAAGCCAAAGACAUCCCCCAAGAACCCAAAUUCAUCCUCAAAAAAGCCAAAAAGAUCGCACUCUAAAGAUAAAUCAGAAGAUCGUAACCUUGAGAAAGAUGAUAAGAAAAAGGAGGAACGGAAAAAGGGAGUUGAUAAGGAUGAUGAUUCGGAAACAACUGAGGUGCCACCAGUAGAUGAUAACAUCUCCUAUAAUAUCGAGUUUACAUUUGAUACAGAUGUUCGAUGUGCCAUAACAGUUUAUUACUUUGCCACAGAGGAAAUGAGUAAUGGACAAGUCUCAUACCAUCCAAAAGAUGCUAGUAUGAAUUCUGAGACAUUCCAUUUCAAGCGAGGAGCCAAUCAAGUCUUCAAUCAGACAACGCACAUUAUAAACCCCAGUAAAUACAAUGAAGAUGACUGGAUUUACAAUGGUGAGAAGGACAUUUUUCCAGUUGUGAUUCACUGCAUAGUAGAAGAUGAAGCUGAUCAUGUCGGUCACUCACAUACAACUGUGUGUAACAUUGAGAGAACUUCAGAUGGAGGCUUCAAUCUUAAACCUUUCAAACAGAAACAGAUGGUUGACGGACUGUGUUACCUGUUACAGGAGAUAUUUGGCAUUGAGAAUAAAAUGGAACGUUCAAAGCUGCAAGAUGAAGAAGUUGAUGAUACAGGCGCAGAGUGUGUUAUAUGUAUGUGUGACAUCAGAGAUACACUUAUAUUACCCUGUCGCCAUCUAUGUCUGUGUAACAACUGUGCCGAUAACCUUCGAUACCAGUCCAACAAUUGCCCUAUAUGCCGUUCACCAUUUAGGGCCCUGUUACAAAUUAGAGCAAUGAAGAAAAAAAUCACAAGGAAUCCAGAAGUGGCAGUGACAGGGGAAGAGAAUCCAAUCAGUCAAGAGGGUGUUCCUACAGGGUUUGAGGCAAUCAGUCUAAUAGAAGCCCUCAAUGGACCUAUGGCCACAUCAACCCCAACAUCCAACACAGCUCCAACUCCCCAACAGCAGAUUGCUAAUGGUUUGCCUGGACUUCACAGUGGACCUCCAUUGCGAUCUCCAUAUGGCACUGUGACACCCCCGAGCCAAAGCCCUCACACAAAGCGCAGAUCAUCAAAGAGACAAGCAUCGUUAGGCGAAACGCCUCUUCAAGAUCAGCCUGUAUUGGAGGAACCUGAAGUACAAACAAGUGAAGAGCGGGGCCAGAUGUUAGAGGGAAGGGGCACCCCUGAGGUGAUAAUGUCAGACCAACCAGAGGUCGCCAGUAAAUCCAAAAAUGAGCCACAAAAAGUUCCUCUGCCAAGGAUGAGGUACCCUAACACUGAGGCUAGUAAAGAGGAAUCAGAUGCUGCUACUGUGGAGCUGGUCAAUGAGGUCCAGACAACUCCAAAUAAACAGAUUAGCAAGAGUGCUGAAAAUCUGGGUUCUGCUGCAAUAGUACAAGAUGGCGACAAUGGGAAACCCCUCACCAAAGGUUCCUCAUCUCCUAUACCUACUUAUAGGGACUUAGAGGCCAAAGAGGAUGCUGAGUUCAGAGCACACUCAAGAAAUGGAAGAAUGUAUGACACUGGUAUGAAAGGGGAGAGUGACCCCCUUGUUAAUGCGACAGGACAGAGUCUUGAGGUGGUGUCUCUCCCUGGUACCCCAUUAAGUACAACAGAUGGGACUGAUGGUUCAAGCUUCAGUAGCACUUCUAGUACAAGAGGUCUUUUGGAGAGUAAAAGUCCACAGAAAGUGGAUCCCACAGACAAGCCAUUACCAAAUUAAGUGAAUUAUAGUCCACAAACAACAACCUCUUACACAAGUCAUAACCAAAUUAAAUUUAGAGUGAAAGUCCAGAAAUAAUAGACCCCCAUGUUGAAAAUGGCUCAAGGAUUCUGCUAAUCAUACUGAAGUCACUCGUAGUUGGAAAGAGGUCUACAAAUAUGUAUGCAAUGGUAAUAUACUGAACUUCACAAUGUGGAUUUAUAUCUAAAGAAGCUAUCAUAUUUGUCAUGUAGUUUUUAGCCAAUGCUACUCACCUAGAAUGUAUAAGCCUGUUUACAGUCAUUUAAUCAAAUUAAGAAUUCAUUUGGUUUACCUGUAUUUGGUGAUGGACUCAUUUUCUGUAUUUCCAUGAUUUUGGCUUGCAUGGAAGAGAACAGAAAUCAGAAUUUGCUUGUAGAUUUCAGAACAUGAAGUAAAGAAAGAACAGUUUGGACAGUAAUUCCAUUCUGUUCCAGUAAUAGCAACUCUAAUACAUGAAAACAAACUGAAAUUGCCAAAGAAACUAUUGACUCAAACAUGAUACAUGUGUUAUAUUACAAAUUCAGAGUGAAGUUCUAUGACAGUGUAGAUUGUCAAAAUUUGUAUUGGAGUAAUGACUGUUGAAACAUACAUUAUGGAAAGUGUAAAUAUUAACAUGUGAUGUUUAUAAUGUUAGCAUUAACAGGUAAAUGGGCAUUACUUAUGACAUGCUUAAAUUUUCUUGAAGAAAUAAAGUCUCAUUAAUAUAAAGAAAAAUUGAUAAAAAAUGAAGUUCAAGGUUUGAGAUGAGUUCAUGUAAAAUAUCAUUCAUAUUUAAUCACAGCAAAUGAAAUGAUUUAUCUUAAGUUUUAAACUAAAAUGUAAAGGGCUUUUCAUCCAUGAUUUUGUCUGUUAUACCAAGAACUGAGAUCUUGUAUACAAACCAGGUUUGAAAUUGCGUGUAAAAUAGUGAAAGGAAUAUGAUGUAAAGUUGUGCAAUGUUGAGCAUUUGCAAUUGUUAAUCAUUUUAAAGUGUACAUAUUAGACAAUAUACUGUAAUUGUAGUAUAUUUAUGAAGAUGAUCCAAUGCAUAGAAUAGGUGUUUAUGAACAAUAGUAUACGCCAGCACCAGAGAUGGCUAUUGGGUGGGAUCAUCCUUAUUUCUUUUCUCUGCUGAUGAUAAAUAUCUCCAGAAUUCUGUAGUUUUUUACACCUAGGAUGAAGAAGGUCUACACUGUCUUUUAAGAUGUGUCUAUUUGAAUUCUUCAUUUGCCCCUAAGUUCCAUCUCAAAAGCUUACCUCAUUUCAAAUUGGCAGCCAUUU